UCGUCUCAACUCUUACGGGCACUUUUUCUUUCUUUUAUUAGUGGUUUCUCACUCUUCACCUUUUGUGGUGCUAUAACACUGUUAGUGAUCAACAGAAGUUUGGAACUUGAUUCUUGCUGUGUUAUUUUUAGCGAUGUGGGUCUUUUCUUGGAGAUUUAGAUCAAGGCACUAGAUGCGCUUCCUUAUUAGGAGGACAGUGAGCUGAAAGACUGAAUAAUUUCAGUCCUUACAUGAUACAAUCCACACAGUAUUGGAUGCUUUUUUAGCCUUUUUAGGUACCCAUCUGGGAAUAUCUCAAAAGGGUGUCUGCAAAACUUGCCCUUUUUUGACAGCGUUGGUGUUCUUUUGGUAUUGCUUCGAGACUUCAACUUGUCACUGCCUUCGAUGAGCCUUUUCCUCCCGAGUCCUAAGCACCAAUCUGCACCGUCCAGUGGUUGAAGUGAUUCUGUCCCAGUUUGGGCGUAGUGUGGUCAAAAACAUUUCAUACCAGUUACCUGAACGACUCUGGCCUAUGAAGUGUUGGAUGUAUUAAUUAUUUUUCAACUGAGAGAAAAGGGAAUCUGCUUUCUUUUUUGGUUGGUCUGGAGCUGUCUCUGGGACUAGUGUUGCUUGCUCCUCCAAAUUUUACUUUCUGCUUUUACGGGUUCACUUUCUUGUCUAUAAUUAUUAAGGGUAUGAGCAUUUUCUCUGUCAUUGCUUCUUUGGCAUAAGAGUAGGCUCAAUGAGAAGGUUUUGAAAAAGAGGGAAAAAUAGCUGGUACUCUGUAGAUUCUAUGCCUGAUAGAUAGGAUAUGUCCUUUUUUUUCACUGCGCUUCGCGGGAUGCUGCAAAUAAGAGACUUCUUUUGCUUUACCAAACCCCAGUACUAUAAAGCUGACAAAGUCCAUUGUGUUCCUUGUUGAGUCCUGCAAGAUAUCACCAGCUGGUUUUGGUCAAACCCCAGUUAUACCUUUUCACUCUUCUUCAGCUUCUCUGUGUCUUAUAUAUCCUCAAGUCCUAGUUUAUGGUGGUGACCUUUGCUGGUUUAUUGAAAUUGGUUGAAAAGACUUGCUUUAGUUCCUGGGUUAUUGUGCCUCAAUUCUGAAGAUGGAAGGCUGUGACGGUGGUGAUAUCGGGGUCAGACAUGGGGGUGACAAUUUCUUGAAUUUUCCACACUCAGGGAUGACUCCCAGCUCAGUCCCAGAAGAAGUCUCAGGAAUGGCAAUCAACCCUUUUGUUAGCUCUGGUUGGGAUCCACUUGUGUCCCUAACUCAGAGCUACAAUUUUGCAAAUCCUUCAUUGGCCUCUGGAUUCCCCCUUUCUUCACACCCCGGCAUCAUGGAAAAUCAGGGAACUGGUGGGGACUUUCCUCCUCCGCUCGGUCACAACCUACCGGCAUUGACCGAGCAGGUCUCAUUUUCACGGUUUCCCUGCUCAGAGAGCCGGAGUUACCUGGAUGCGGUCGGCUACUUUGGGCUGCCUGACAUUGCUAAUUCUGGGUGUCCUCCUAACUAUGGCUCUCAUAGGGAGGAUGAUCAUGACGGUAGUGAAGGGGCCUCGGCUAACAAUAAACUGUCUCAGGGAUGCCAGAUCGAAGAGGAUGCGGAGCGAUCAUCACCGAGCGUCAAGAGAAGAAAAAAUGCUCCUGAUCAUGAUACCAUUUAUGAUAGGAAGGAGGUAAAAAAGGAUCCUUCCAGGGUGAACUCAGAUGUCCCAAGGGAAUGGGACGAGAAGAAACAGAAGAAUGAGCAGAUUUUGUAUCCUAAUUCUCAGGGUAAACAAAAUGGUAAACAAGUGAAAGACAAUGUUGAAGCUCCGAAAGAGAACUAUAUUCACGUGCGAGCGCGCAGAGGCCAAGCUACAAACAGUCACAGCCUUGCGGAGAGGGUGAGAAGAGAGAAAAUUAGUGAGCGGAUGAGAAUGCUUCAAGAACUCGUCCCUGGAUGCAACAAGAUCACUGGAAAAGCGGUAAUGCUUGAUGAGAUUAUUAACUAUGUGCAGUCGCUGCAACAGCAGGUUGAGUUUUUGUCCAUGAAACUUGCUGCUGUCAGUCCAGAACUGAGCAUUAACUUGGAGAGGAUACUGUCCAAAGAUAUAUUCUGCUUACAGGGUAGCUCUGCAACUAUUGUGGAUACUGAGCGUGGAAUGGCUUCUUCUUCACCUUAUACACAAGGAUUUUUCCCAGAAGCUUUUCCAAGCAUCCCGAGCUCCAAUCAUAAUUAUCCUCCCUUAACACAGGCUUUUUGUGAGAGUGAGCUACAAACACAUGGUCAAUCGCCCUUCCAUUCCAGUUCAGGAGUCGACGGUUUGGGUCUAAAUGGGCGCUUAAAGUCAGAGAGAUGAAUUUUUCAGAGAAGGGUCUUUGUUCAAUCGACUCAAAUUGGAAACUUGGUGAAUUAGGCUAACUACUGAUUUGGAGGAGAAAAUAGAGUUGGUUUGUCCUGAGUAAAGAGAAAUGUAGAGUAGUAUAGAUGGUGAAAACAAACUGGUUUACUCUUCGGGUUUUUAAUCGAAGAGGAUGCUGUGAAGUGCUAACAGAUUUUGUAUAUUUAGAUAGCACUGACGAAUUCUCUAUCCGCAAUAUGCUUAUUUC